GAAGGUUACCGGGUUCAUCCGGAGAGUGGGCGCAGUCUCUGGUGGUCAUCAUCAGGACACGUGUAUCUCCCCUGCAGUGAAUCAUCUAAGUCAGCCCUAGACCGACUGAUGCGCAAUGCUCUGCGAAACAUUCCACAAUGAACUGCCGACGCCACCAAGGUUUCUGGGCAAAUUUAAGCGAGGUAAUUGACUGGUGGCCACAGUUGGUAGGGUCAACUCUCAUGUUUCAUGUCCCAUGUUAUAUGGUUAGUUGAUUGGACUUCCUGCCAGCUUCUUCAGCAGGGGACACGUUGCUAUGCUUCAGGGACCGUGAAUGCGGGGGAUGUGGGGUUGGGAUCUAAGACAUGAUAGACACGAUCCUCGCAGGGCUUGACCUGAGAGGAACCACAUGGAUAUCCCGGUUUGGAGUGGUGUGAAUUUAGGGCUAAGCUUGGUCAAAUCGACUGGCAUGCUAGAACAAAAAUGAUACACAUUUAAAAUUUCCAAAUUAAUGUGGACAUGGUAUGAUGAAAUCCUGCUAAUUAACUGACUAUACCCCUGCUAGGAUAUGUAACCAUCCAUAUCCCUGCAAUCUCAAAUUAUGGCCUCAAUUCACACAUAUUAGAGAUUCACCGCUACAUACGGGAUCAUGAAUACACUCAUGCAGAUAUUUCCUUCAGGAUAUAGGAUUCACCUGUAAUAUUGUUGCUACAGAAACCUCUUCUAUCAGGCAACAUGAUAAAUUACCUGGUCCAAAUUUUGUGGAAGACCCCGGCAUUCGUAUGAAAAUUGGGAACUUCCAUCUUCCUGGACUGAAAUCCUGCAUUCGAAGCGGAGGACUCCGGCAUGCUGAAUGCUGCAUUUCGCAUAUAAGAAAGGGCUCUUUCUUCUAGAUAGAUGAUCAUACCGAUAACCCAUUUGAAUUCUUAAGGAUCUUGAGAACCCGUACAAUUCCACUCCCAAAUCUACUCCAAAUCCACUCCAAACCCUCCUAUCCACCAUCACCAUGAAAUUCGAUAUUCGUUUCAUCUUCACUCUCCUCAUCGCGCUGGCCAUCGUGGCAGCUGCGAGCCCCACCGUCGCUGGUGAUACCGAUGCUGGCGAUACCGAUACCGAUGCUGAUCAACUUGAGGCGCGCGACGGCAACUACAAAAAAACCUGUGAAGCUUCCUGCACCUACAACUCGGACUGCGCUGGUUUUUGCCGCAAAUGUCUCGGGGGUCGUUGUCGGAGGUAG